AACAACGUAUGUAAUUUGCAGAAUGACGGAAAUGGGGGCGCAGAAAGAAAAACAUUUUAAAAUGUAAAAAAAAGUUCAUCAAAUCCAAAACACAAAUUCAAUUUAGUUGACAUCGAGUUUUUGAACGGUUACAAUGUGGAAAAUCUCCCAAAGAAGGAAAAAAUGUGAAUAGAAAGAAAUCGUUUCGCAUAUAUAAUUAAAGGAAUACUAAAUAGAUUAAAAUAAAUCCAUAAAAGUGAAAACUUUAAAGUGUUACUAAAUAUAGAAUCAAUACAUAAAUAUAACGUUUAAAAAUAAAUUUUCAACAAUUGUGUUGCACUAAAUAUAAAUUUAUUUAUGUUUAAAUCUUAAGUGCUGCUAAUUGUUUUUUUACUUUUUUAUUUAAUUUUCUUACAACAUUGUAAAUAUUUUCACUUUGGCGUGAGAAGUGAUUUUUAUUUGAAAAUAAUGUCUAGUGGUAAAUAUGCGCAGCAAAGUGAUGCUGAAAAUUGUAGUAGUAGAAUUAACACAAAACCAACUGUUACUGCUGCUGCUGCUCUUGCAGCUGACAAAUACACUCCCGAUGACAAUCGAGGUCGUUGGGCUUCAAAGACCGAAUUUAUAUUAUCGUGUUUAGGAUAUGCUGUUGGUUUGGGAAAUGUUUGGCGUUUUCCAUAUCUGUGCUAUCGUAGUGGGGGAGGUGCAUUUUUAGUUCCAUAUCUUUUAAUGUUAUUUUUUUGUGGCAUUCCAUUAUUUUUUAUGGAAAUUAUUAUGGGUCAAUUUUCUAGUUUAGGGUGUAUUGGAAUUUUUCGCUUGGCUCCCUUAUUCAAAGGAGCUGGCUAUGCAAUAGUAGUAGUUAAUAUAAUUUGUACCGUUUAUUAUUCGGUAAUCAUAGCCUAUCCCUUAAUGUUUCUUAAACAUAUAUUUACUGCCAAAUUACCCUGGGAAUCCUGUGGGAAUGCUUGGAAUACUGAGCACUGUAUUGAGGUGACAGAGAUGGCUAAUCGUAAUUUUACAAAUCGUGGGGAUUUUAAAACUCCAGCUGAUGAGUUUUUCCAUUUAGAAAUUUUAAAAAUAUCCAAAGGUAUUGAUGAAAUUGGUACUAUACAAUGGCCAUUAUUUUUCGGUGUACUGAUAGCCUGGAUUAUGGUCUAUGUGUGCAUAAUUAAGGGCAUAGAAACUGUCGGUAAAGUGGUUUAUUUUACAGCCACAUUUCCAUUCAUUAUACUUUUUAUUCUAUUUAUACGUGGCGUUACGUUACCUGGCGCCACUAAGGGUAUUCUAUUUUACAUAUAUCCUGAAUGGUCUCGUUUAUUGGAUCUCAAAGUUUGGGCAGAUGCGGCCAUACAAAUAUUUUUCUCAUUGGGCCCAGGAUGGGGUGGUAUUGUCAAUAUGGCUAGUUUUAAUAACUUUCGUAAUAAUGCGAAAGGCGAUUCCAUUUAUAUACCGAUUAUAAAUUGUUCAACAAGUAUUUUUGCGGGAUUUGUGGUAUUUUCUGUGUUGGGAUUUUUGUCACAUCAAACGGGAAUUCCAGUGGCAACUGUUGCAACAUCGGGACCUGGACUGGCAUUUAUAACAUAUCCCCAGGCCAUAUCCAUGUUACCAUUUUCUCAAUUAUGGGCUGGUCUAUUCUUUACCAUGCUCUUUUUGCUGGGCUUAGACAGUGUGUUCGUACAAAUUGAAGCAAUAAUAUCAUCCAUAUUGGAUGAAAUACCCAAAGUAAGGCCAUAUAAAUUUGCCGUUACCCUGAUUUCGUGUAUUCUGAUGUUCUUAAUGUCCAUUAUACUUACAACAAAUGGUGGCAUGUUCAUUUUGCAAUUGCUGGAUUGGUACUCUGCUUCAGUAUCGGUGAUAUUGAUCUGUAUAUUUGAGAUUGUUAUGGUCGGUUGGAUUUAUGGUGUUGAUAACUUUAUUGAUGACAUUUAUUUUAUGAUUGGCAAAAAACCCGAAAGAAUCUGGCGCUAUUGUUGGAAAUAUAUAACACCAUUUAUAUUAGUAACGAUUUUCUUUACCACCAUUAUCUUUAAUAGACCCGUGCGUUAUAAUGACCGAGGCUAUCCCGAAUGGGCCAUUAUUGUGGGCUGGUGCAGUUGUGCCAUUUCAAUUCUUUGCAUUCCUUUGUAUAUGUUAAAGAAAAUCUUACUGCCCAAAGGCUCCCUAAAAGAGAACUUUUUACGUUCGUUACAGGCUAAAUAUUGGCUACCAGCUCAAGAUGAUUAUCGUUUGGCCUAUAAUGAAUUUAAAAAUUCACAAAAAAUUAUGAAAGAAUUAAAUAUGAAUAAUUUUGAAACUUUAGAAUUGUUAAAGAAAGUUAAGAAGUGAUUAGUUAAAGUUCAAAAGAUUUAAUUAUUAGUACAAACGUGUAUGUGUGUGAUCAUACGAAAAAUAAAAUUCCAAAAAUUUUAAGAAAAUUUUACUACAAUAUUUAGAUGUUUUU